AUGAUAUCAGCAAUCCGCAAUCCUGCCCAGUGCGAUAUUAGCAUGCCAGCAAUCCUGCCCAGUGCGAUAUCAGCAAUCCGCAAUCCUGCCCAGUGCGAUAUCAGCAUGCCGAAUCCUGCCCAGUGCAAUAUCCGCAUGCCGCAAUCUUAUCCAGUGCGAUAUCCGCAUGCCGCAAUCCUGCCCAGUGCGAUAUCAAUAAUCCGCAAUCCUGCCCAGUGCGAUAUCCGCAUUCUGCAAUCCUGCCCAGUGCGAUAUCCGCAUGCCGCAAUCGUAUCCAGUGCGAUAUCAGCAUGCCGCAAUCCUGCCCAGUGCGAUAUCAGCAAUCCGCAAUCCUGCCCAUUGCGAUAUCAGCAUGCCGCAAUCCUGCCCGGUGUGAUAUCCGCAUGCCGCAAUCCUCCCCUGUGCGAUAUCAGCAUGCCGCAAUCCUGCCCUGUGCGAUAUCAGCAUGCGGCAAUCUUAUCCAGUGCGAUAUCAGCAUGCCGCAAUCCUGCCCAGUGCGAUAUCCGCAUGCCGCAAUCCUGCCCUGUGCGAUAUCAGCAUGCCGCAAUCUUAUCCAGUGCGAUAUCAGCAUGCCGCAAUCCUGCCCUGUGCGAUAUCAGCAUGUCGCAAUCCUGCCCAGUUCGAUAUCAGCAAUCUGCAAUCCUGCCCAGUGCGAUAUCAGCAUGCCACAAUCUUAUCCAGUGCGAUAUCAGCAUCCCGCAAUCCCGCCCAGUGCGAUAUCAGCAUGCCGCAAUCCCGCCCAGUGCAAUAUCACCAUGCCGCAAUCUCAUCCAGUGCGACAUCAGAAUGCUGCAAUCACAUUCAGUGCAAUAUCAGCAUGCUGCAAUCCCGUACAGUACGAAAACAGCAUGCCGCAAUCCCGUACAGUACGAAAUCAGCAUGCCGCAAUCCCGUAUAGUGCAAUAUCAGCAUGCCGCAAUCCUGCCCAGUGCGAUAACCGCAUGCCGCAAUCCUGCCUAG